AUGUCGAACAGGGCGUCGAGGAGGGGCAGCUUCACGCUGCGGCAGCCGCCGGUGGUGGACAUCGGCUGCAACUGCCGCCGGCCGAAGCUUUUCGCCAACAUCUUCUCCUCGUCGUCGCUCCCAUUCCGCGGCGGGGGCAGCGGCAGGGGCGGCAAGCCCAAGUCGCCCAACGCGUCCUCCACGUCCACCGCGAUGACGGCGUUCACGUCCACCACCCUGGGCGGGCAGAGUGGCACCACGGCCACCUCCGCCGACUCCGCCUCCUGGGGCCCCGCCUCUUUCACCAACAACUCGCUGUACGAGGACCCUGCUGCGGCCGCGCGUCGUCACGGCCAGGCGGAGCAGCCGGAGCAGGAGACGCGGCGCCGGCGGAGGCAGCAGCGGCGGCGUCGCAGGCGCGCGGCCUGGGACGGCGCCGGCGCCGGCGGCGACGAAGAGCAUGGUCGCGUGGCGCGUGAGAGCGUGCCGGUGGCGGUGGAGUCGGCGGAGCCGUACGAGGACUUCCGGGAGUCGAUGGUGCAGAUGGUGGUGGAGAAGGAGAUCUACGCGUGGGACGACCUCAACGACCUCCUCCACCAGUUCCUCUCCCUCAACUCGCCGCGCCACCACCCGCUCAUCCUCCACGCCUUCGCCGACCUCUGGACCCGCAACGGACUCUUCUCGCCGCCUUCCCCGUGCCAGUUCUAG